AUGGGGUCGAUGGCUGACAGUUUAUUUGAGUUCUUUCACUCCCAAAUGAUACUCUACUUCGAGGAAACAUUCGGUGAAGAGCAAAUACAAUACAAUAUGGAAAAAAUAGGUUACAGAGUUGGGUUUAGCUUAGUUGAAAAAGCGACAAAGGAAGAGGCUAGGUUCAAGGAAAAUGUAGAGAUUGUGAAGUAUAUUUGCAAGGAUUUGUGGCAGAUGUUGUUCAGAAAACAAGCAGACAAUCUUAAGACAAAUCACACAGGAACAUUUGUGAUACAGGACAACAGAUUUAGGUUUCUCAACAGAGUCAGCCAGUCUAAGCAGUACUUGGACAGAGGGCAGCAGUACGCAGCCUUCACGUGUGGUGUAGUUAGAGGUGCCCUUACUAACUUUGGUAUGCCCUGUACCGUCACCUCGGAGGUGAACGUCAGUCCUACAUGCAAGUUUCAGAUAUCUAUACAGGGGAUCAGCUGA